AUGCUGCUGCUGGGCUGCUGCUUGCUGGGACUGGUCUCGGGCGCGGAGCUACCGGAGCUGUCCGCGCGCGAAGUGGAGGACAUCCUCGCCAACCCUCGCGCCCUGCGCGCCUACCUGGCCUGCGUCAUGGGCGAGGGACCGUGCACCGCCGAGGGCCGCCAGCUGCGCAGUCGCAUCCCGGACGGGCUGCGGACGGCGUUCGGCGGCUGCUCGCCGGGGCAGAGGCGCCUGGUGCGCGCCGUCGUGCGCUACCUGCAGCAGCGCCACCCGGAGGACUGGCGGCGUCUGCGGGCCCGCUUCGACCCGGAGGACGAGUUCGGCGCCGGCUUCCAGGCCUUCCUCGACGCCGACGACUGACGCCCUCCCUCCUUCCGUCCGCCGCAAGCGUCAGCCAGCUUUCAACA